AUGACCGCGUGGCACUUCACCGGUCCGCCCGGAAGGUAUGUUUAGAAGAGACACUUGAUAGCUACUGCUGCGAAGAGAAAGAGAGAGAGAGAGAGAGAGAGAGAGAGAGAGAGAGAGAGAGAGAGAGCGACAGAUAUAAACAGCGCUUUGAUCUGUGGGACGGGUCAGUCUGCGAAAAGAAGCAUGUACGUUUUCAACUUCUACCCCACUCCUCGCGCCUCUAUCGACUUCAAACGGUCAGUUUUCGUUAUCAACGCAGUUCACCGUUCUUUGAACAAUAAGAGACUACGAAUACUUUGUUCGCGACUCGAUUACGGUAUCUUUUUUAGUUCCGCGUACAGUCACGCUCCACCGCAUUUUCAUUUUGCCGGCCGCGGCCACGAGAAAUGCGGUAGAGCGAGAAUUGCAGACGCCUGUGCCGAUAGUAUAUACGUUCUGGAGCUGCAGAGUCAGUUGAUUCAUUUCGUUAAAACAGAAAUCUCCUUCGGAUCCCUGAACUUUUCGAGGACUUUUCUCACUCUAUCUCUCUGUGGCCUCAUCAAUUCUUGUCAGUCAAUGUGACUCAGAGAACUUUGAGAUCAAACCGCUAUGACCAGUGUGUGAUACGUCCAAAGUACACUGGGUACGAAAUGUUGUAGAACCAUUUUUCUCUGAAAUGUUUAUUCAACAGUUGGGGGAAAGUAGAAACUGGAAAUCAGUUUUCCCUUGUGCGUGUUUAUUUUGAGCAGAGAUGAGUACACAAUGCGUUUAUCACACAGUUCAUUAGUGUAGCAAAAAUGCGAUCAGAAUUCAGCCAGUCCAGUCCGUUCUCCGCUAUCAUCCAUCAGCAGCACGUGCCCCACUUGACUACUCCGAACUGGUUCCCAUUUCCCUUUCGAUCAGUCAUUCAUUCAUUCCUUCACAAUCAACACAACUAUUGUAGUUAUUGUGAUUGGAUUGACGUGGUUUGCAGCGACGUCGACGAUCUCGGAUUCGUGCGCCCGUGGUCGCCUCAGGAGGAGAGCGGAUGCAAGAAGCAGUACGAGGCAUGGUACGCCACCUAUCUUCCGAUUGUCGUCAGACGGCGAUGUCGGUGGGAGAAGGAGAAUCCACGCAGAAACCAGCAUCUCUGUAGUUGAUUAUACCGACUUUCGUGUGGUCGAAGAGAAAAAUAUUUCAGUGCAAAGAUUCGUCCGGAAGGGAAUCCCGCACACCUUCCGAAAAGAACUCUGGCUCCGCAGUUGUCCUGCGAGAAGCGAUGGCGUCUGGCCGGUUCACGAAGUCCCGGAUGAGGUGAUCAAGCAAAUCAAGCUCGACCUGCCGAGAACUUUCCCGGACAACAAGUUCCUGAAGAAUGAGCAGUAUGAUAUUGAGAUCAAGGUGGAACUGAUUUCAUUGAGCAUUUCAGAACUCGCAAAACCCUUGGACGAGCUCUGUUCGCCGUCGCCGAGCAUAUUCCGGACAUCGGUUACUGCCAGGGUCUCAACUUCGUCGCUGGCGUCAUUCUGCUCGUUGUCAACGACGAAACACGAGCCAUCGACCUGCUCGUCCACCUGGUCUCCCAACGUCGCGAUUAUUACGGAGCGAACAUGAUCGGCUUGCGACGGGACAUGCACGUUCUGCACUGUCUGCUCCGCGAGCACUGUCCACGUGUCAUUGUGACCCUCGAGAAGCUCGACGUCGGUCUGGACAUGCUCGUCGGCAAGUGGUUUGUCUGCUGGUUCGUCGAGAGUUUGCCGAUGGAAACGGUCCUCCGUCUGUGGGAUUGUCUCAUUUACGAGGGCGAUGAAUGGCUGUUCAAGGUGGCGGUCAGCUUGUUCCGAUCCAAUAUGAUGGCCAUUUCGGCAUGUGACUCCAUUGAUCAACUGAUGACCGAAGUGCAGAACAUCGGAACGAGCAAGGCCGCUCUCUACUGUCACCAGCUUAUUCUGGUAAGUGCGAAAGCCCUGGAAUCUGAUCUCGAAGGGAUUUUCAGAAAAGCGCCGCCCUUCCGAUCACCGGAAAGAUUAUUGAGAACCUGAGAGUCGAGGCCGAAAACGCCAUUCCAAACUGA